UACUAUCUUUGCCUCCGGUCUCUCUUUCCAGUAUUCGAGAGUUCGCUAGCAGAAAGGGGAGAGUGGAAUGCAGGCAAUCCUAUCUCAUCAGCCGAAGACAAAUCAAAAUCUCGAAUCUAGGAUUAGGGCUUCAGAUUAUUCUCUUUAAUCCCCAAAUUCAAAUACCAAAAGCGAUUGAUUACUAAUCCCUGUUCCUCUCACUGUAUCCGCCUCUUUGACCACCCGAUGAACUUUUCUUUUUCUCAAAACAUGAUCCUGAUUUUCUCUAUGAAUCCGUUUCGAAUUUUGUUACGUAUUUUUGUUUGUCAAUUCCGCGGGUGAAUUAGAGUUUCUGUGAUUGGGAUGUAAAAACUUGGGUGAUCGCGUACAAUUGGGUUCUUCUUUUUUGACUCUUCUAUCUUAAAUUGGGGCUAUGUAUAUUGAGGAAUUGAAGGCAGGGGAGAGUGAUUGUGGGGAAGAUCAAACUUCUGGUCGUAAAGACGAGGGCUUUAACAGCAGACGCUUCAUUCCCUCGGGUACGAAAAGGGUUUUGAUUGGAGCAGGCGCUCGUGCUCUGUUUUACCCCACCCUGCUUUACAAUGUUGUUAGGAAUAUGAUGCAGGCUGAGUUCCAUUGGUGGGAUAGAGUCCAUCAGUUUGUAUUGUUGGGCGCUGUUCCAUUCCCUAUUGAUGUUCCUCGCCUUAAGGAGCUUGGCGUUCAUGGAGUUAUCACACUGAAUGAGCCUCAUGAAACAUUGGUGCCAACAUCGCUAUAUCAUGCUCAUGGCAUUGACCACUUGGUGAUCCCUACUAGAGAUUACUGUUUUGCACCAUCCCUGAGUGAUAUAUGCAAAGCUGUUGAUUUUAUCCACAAAAAUGAAUCAUCUGGGCAAUUGACCUACAUCCAUUGUAAAGCAGGUCGGGGGCGCAGUACAACUAUUGUCCUUUGUUAUCUGGUCCAACACAAACAAAUGACUCCUGAGGGUGCAUAUCUGUAUGUCAGGUCAAUACGGCCAAGAGUGCGUUUGGCAUCAACCCAGUGGCAGGCUGUGCAGGAAUAUUACCAUCUUAAUGUGAAGAUUGGCGGUCUGCACAGCACAAUAUCUGAUAUAAUUCUGAAAACCCAACCGGCAGCAUCUUCGCAGGAUAUUGUGGCAUUUGAUGAUGGCUCUGUAGUCGUUAUAACAGAAGCAGAUCUUGAUGGUUAUAACCCGUAUAUGGGGUCAGGUGCCAUGGGAAGCGAUAUAUGGACAGACUUGAACAUGAUUUACCGUGUUAGAGUUGUUAGUAAGGCAGCCAUUACUGGGAUCUCUUGCCUGUGGCUCCGCUGCCGCACCCACCAAAAGAUUUCCGCGGAGAAACUAGAUACAGAUACUACCGGCUGCUCAAUGAGUGCCGAUUGCCUUGGAGGUAUUAGUGUGGACAUCCAUGUAUACUGAGAAGCCAAAUAUUUACUUCGAAGGUGCUUGAAAAGAUUUUCCCUUACCCUCCUCUCAUAUUUGUAAAAAUUCAAAUAAUGUUGUAGCCGGCCGCAGAACUAAAAGCAUUCAAUCCUUUGUAAAUGAAGUUGUUUUCUUCCUUGAAUCUCAAUGGAAGAAAUAUGAGUCCUGUCUGGCAAGAUUAAAUCAAAAUAUUCCCGAAGUUGUGCA